AUGGGCAAAACAUCUGCUUCUGGUGUUGUUCAGGAGAAUGAAAAAGUUGGGAAUGGUUCACCCUCUUCUCCUACCAAGGGGAAAAGGGGAAGGAAAGGGUCCCAGAUUAUAUCAAAUAAAAAGUAUCCCCUGAGAUCUGCACAUAGUAGUGCCAGGGUGCUUCGGUCUACUUCAAAAGACAAGAGUAAGACGCCUAAUGAGCCAGUAAGUCCAUUGAGAUCCGCUCAUAGUAGUCCCAGGGUGCUUCGAUCUACCCCUAAAAACAAGAGCAAGACACCUAAAAAGCAAGUAAAUUCAUUGAGGUCCGCACAUAGUAGUGCCAGGGUGCUUAGCUCUACCUUGAAGAAAAAGGUACCUAAUGAGCCAGUAAACAACAGUACUGCUGCUCAACCAGCUGCCAGGAAAAGGAAAAGAGGCAGGCCCUCAAAUGCAGCGAGUCCCAAGAAUGAGUGCAUCAAAAUUCGCCAACGAGUUAGAUACAUUUUGAAUCGAAUGAACUACGAACAAAGUUUCAUUCAAGCCUAUGCUGGUGAAGGUUGGAAAGGUCAAAGUUUGGAAAAAAUAAGACCUGAGAAAGAGCUUGAGCGAGCCAAGGCAGAAAUCUUGCGAUGCAAGUUAAGAAUUCGGGAAGCUUUUCGUAAUAUGGAUUCUCUUCUAUUGGAGGGGAAGCUUGACGAAUCUUUGUUUGAUUCUGAGGGAGAAAUAUCUAGUGAAGAUAUUUUCUGUGCCAUUUGUGCUUCAAAGCAUGUUACGCUAAAAAAUGAUAUCAUUCUUUGCGAUGGAGUGUGUGAUAGAGGAUUCCACCAGAAAUGUUUGAAUCCUCCUUUGCUGGCAGAAGAUAUUCCUCAGGGGGAUGAAGGAUGGCUUUGCCCUGCGUGCGAUUGCAAGCUAGAUUGUAUAGAUUUACUAAAUGAACUCCAAGGGAGCACACUUGCUAUUCAUGACUCAUGGGAGAAAGUUUUCCCUGAGUCAACUUCGAAUGGCUUAAACCAAAUUGGUGCAUCUGAUCUUCCAUCCGAUGAUUCAGAGGAGGAUUAUGACCCUACUUUAGCUGAAGGGGACACGGUAGAUGAAGACAAAUCAUCUGCAGAGGAUGGGGAUGAAGGAUCAGAUUCUGAUGACCUGGAUUUUAUAACAUCAUCCGAUGAGUCUGAACCUUCAAAGAAGAAAAAGUCUGAAUCAAAGAACAAAAAUACCGUCAAUGACCUCGCGUUGCCUUCGGAUGACUCAGAGGAUGAUGACUUUGAUCCAGAAGGUCCAAAUUCCAGUGAAGACCAAAAGACCAAAACAAACUCAGACGAGUCGGACUUCACAUCUGAUUCUGAUGAUUUCUGUGCCGAGAUUUCUAAAUCUUCUGGCAAGGACAAAGUUUCGGCACCUUCAUUCUCAGACCAAACUAAUGGAGUGGACAUUAUGGAGGCAGAGCUAGAGCAAGACUCUGUGCUACCAGCUUCAAACAGGAGACAAGUUGGAACUUUGGAUUACAAAAAGCUUUAUGAUGUAUGUCUUCUCCUCGCAUUUCUCCAUACCAUAAAUGAGGCUUAUGGAAAAGAAACCACUGAUUCAAGCGAUGAAAAAGAGUGGUCUGGACAUAGCCCAAAUGGAAAUCCAGAAGACAGUGAUACAGAUUCAUUUGCUGGACCACUUAAGCCGGCAAAAACCAGAAGAGCACGAGGUGGGCGCCAGAACAAUGAGCGUACUCCACAGAGUGAACGGCACAGUGGUUCAGUAAGUGAACAGCAUCCUGAAGUGCUUUCCAACGGCACCAGUAGCACGGCCAGGAAAAAAGGUUAUGGUCCUAUUGUUAAUCAGAAGCUUAAGGCAUAUUUCGAAAAAGAACCUUACCCUAGUCGCCCAGCAAAAGAAAGUCUGGGACAAGAGCUUGGCCUGACAUUCCAUCAGAUCACUAGAUGGUUUUCUAGUACUCGUCAUUACUCAAGAGUUACUGCUACCAAGAAAGGGAAGCGUUCAGAAAACUAUACUGCUGAGAACAACGAUGGCAUUGCUGCGGAUAGCAUACAACAGAGAGAACCCAAUGGCAGUGUAUUGGGCAAACCAAAUGUAGAUAGAAACGGUAUUAUUUCGGAGGAAAGGAUGGCGCAAAAAAAUCUUGAUGAAGGUGAGAAAGAAGAUACUCCAUUCAGACAACGUAUCAGCUGUGAGCAGACACUGGAUGGGACUCCUGCUAACAAACACAACACUGCCAACUCAAGAGAAGUUGACCCACCAAUUGGUGCGCCUGGAGGAAACCAGCAAAGUGACACCUCGAGGAAUGCAGAAGAUACCCCACUCGGACAAGAUAUUGGCUGUGAGCAGACCGUGGCUGCUAUCAACCAAAACUGCACUAUCGGCUCGAGCAAUGUCGGGUCACCGAAAGGUGUGCCUGGAGGAAACAAGCGCCUUAAUAACUCUCCGAGUGUUGGAAGCCCAAGACGUGGGUCUGCCGAGAAGAACAUUCCUGGGCUAGAACAUGUUGAUGAGGCAAGGAGGAAGGCUAUACUGCGGGAGCUGAGGAAGAUGAAGGCCGCAGGCAAGUGA